GAAUGGAACGAUGUACUCCGAGACAAAGGCAUUUUACCGCCUAAGCCUAAAGAACUUGAGAUUACCGAAGAUGAGAUUGCACAAAUGAUAGACAAAACUGUCCAUGAGAUGCAGCACGGAAAGGCUCUUGAAGACAGGACGCUGGAUGAGCUAGAUGAACUGGAGGAUCUAGAAGACGACAGGGUGCUAGAAUCAUAUCGCAGACAGCGUAUGGCAGAUAUGAAGGCACAGCUGGCAGCAGAGAGGUUUGGUAGCGUGAUUCAGAUCUCUAAACCAGACUAUAACAUUCAGGUCACAGAGGCUAGCAAGACUGCAUGGGUGGUGGUUCAUAUGUUCCAAAGUUAUGCUUCAUCGUGCAAACUGCUGAAUGCUAUUCUGGAUAGACUCGCUGAAAAACACAAGAGCACCAAAUUUUGCAAGAUUGUGGCAGAUCUGUGCAUUCCCAACUAUCCCGACAAGAACCUUCCAACGCUAUUAAUCUAUGGAGAAGGUGAUAUGAGAAAGCAACUGAUUGGAAUGGAUGCGUUUGGAGGUGCUGGGGCUACUGUUGAAUCUGUAGAAACAGUCCUUGCUACACUCGGAGCAAUCUCUGCUGAUUCAAUGGCCAAGAACAAUGAACGAAAGGAUGAUGACGACGAC